ACAAGCAAACUAGUCUGCGCCCGUUUCAGGGUUUGCGGGGGGGAAACACGUCCACAGCACUGUGUUGUGUGUGAUAGGAAAAAAAUAAAACCGGCUGCAAAAAAAGGAAUUCAAAAUUGUUAAACAUUUCAAGACGUUUGAAUGAAAUCGAAGAGGCUCUCGUUUUUUUUUUCCUAGCUUGCUUCAGAUACCAGGGCUUGCGGUUGUGUAUGCAAGUGUGAUGCAGUUUAAUUUCUGUCAAAUUUAUAGAUGGAUCGGAAAGGGAAAUAAACCUGUGUCCGGCUGUUCAGCUAACACGGGGCUCGUGUGUUGAUGGACGCAGCUAUGUUCUGCAGUCUUUAUCACAACGUGUGUAUUGAAUCGUCUUUUUUUAUUCUUAAAAGCUGACGGUAGUUUGCAUGUGGCGUGCUCUUUAAAAAAACGAGUAUUUUUUAUCGCUCCGUUUAAUUAUUAUUUAUUGUUAUUACCAUUCCAGCUUCAUUAAUUGGUUUUCUUGGAGCUGCAUCGAGUUUUUAUUUUUAUUUUUUUAAAUAGCGAUGCAGUUUUUAAUUGCAAGCGAAAGUUUUAUCGCGUUGGUAAAACAAAUCUAUUUUUUUCCAACCUAGAUCCAAGUCUUUAUUAUUAGUCAUUUUUGUUUCAUGUGUCGUUUUGGAUUUUAAGAAUUUUUUUUUUUCAAACUGAUUUGUACAUUGCUGGACACGGUACACAUCAUACCAGCCGCUAGAGAGACCGUUUUUAUCAUUAUUUUAAUGAUGUAUUUAUUUGUUUUACAUUUUAUUCUUAUACAAAACAAAACUGCACAGUGAAGAUGAAGCGGUGUAAAUCGGACGAUUUGACCCCCGACGAGGAGGGCGGUAGAACGGGACUGAGUGCAGUUUGUGAAGAUGCCCCAAGCGUCCUAAUUGUGGAGGUAAAACACGGAGAUACCCCAGAUUCCAGCAGUGCGGGUGGUACCGCAAACUCUCACUCCACCGCCCGCAGCAAACCUCCGGACUUAAAGAAAAUCCAGCAGCUGUCGGAGGGCUCUGUGUUCGGACACGGGCUGAAGCACCUGUUCCACAGCCGGCGGCGGUCCAGGGAGCGCGAGCAGCACAGCUCCCCGGACUCUGCCCAGGCCCCGCAGCUCAGCGUGGGAUACCCUGCUGGGGCAGCAGGGGGGCCGGGGGGCCACUCGGACCACGACUCUGCGGACGAGAAGGAGCGGUCCCCGGAGAUGCAGCGAGUGUCCUACGCCGUGUCCCUCCAGGACCUGCCCGCCCGCCCCACCGCCUUCAAUAGGGUGCUGCAGCAGAUCCGCGCCCGGCCCUCCAUCAAGAGGGGCAGCAGCCUGCACAGCAGCAGCCGGCGCACCAAGAGUGGCCCCGCCUCUGAGGCAGUGAAGAGCAGCAGCCCCCACCUGGGCAGGAAGGGCCCCCAGGACAGCUCGCUGACCGCUCUGCUGCACCAGGGCAGACCCCGCUCCUCCUCCACCACGGACACCUCGCUGCUGGCCGGAGAGCCCACCCUGCACUGGACCGUUGAGGAGCCGGAACGCGUCACGGACAGGCUGGAGAAGGGGGAGGUGAGCACCCUGGGGCUGCCCCCGAACACGAGCCACGCUGGCUCGGACGGCAACAUCAGCCUGGACGUGCCCGAGGCUCCCGACCCGCAGCGCACCAAGGCAGCCAUCGAGCACCUGCAGCAGAAGAUCCUGAAGAUCACGGAGCAGAUCCGCAUCGAGCAGGAGGCGCGCGACGAGAACGUGGCCGAGUACCUGAAGCUCGCGCACAACGCCGACAAGCAGCAGGCCUCCCGCAUCAAGCAGGUCUUUGAGAAGAAGAACCAGAAGUCUGCCCAGACCAUCUCCCACCUGCACAAGAAGCUCGAGCACUACCACAGGAAGCUAAAGGAGAUUGAGCAGAAUGGGCCCACGCGGCAGCCCAAGGACGUGCUGCGGGACAUGCAGCAGGGCCUGAAGGGCGUGGGGGCCAACGUGCGAGCAGGAAUCAGCGGCUUCGGAGGGGGGGUGGUGGAGGGGGUGAAGGGGGGCGUGUCCGCGCUGUCCCACACCGCCGUGGUCUCCAAGCCCCGCGAGUUCGCCAGCCUCAUUCGCAACAAGUUCGGCAGCGCGGACAACAUCGCCCACCUGAAGGACACGCUGGAGGACCCGCACCCAGAGGACAGCCAGCGCCCGUUCAGCGGCAGCGCCACGCUCGUCUCCAGCCCCAAGUACGGCAGCGACGACGACUGCUCCAGCGCAACCUCAGGCUCGCCGGCCGGCAGCAACUCCGGGGCGGGGGGCCCCGGGCUCGGGCCAGGGCCAGGCAUGGGCAGCCCCAAGUCCAACACGCUGGACAGCCACCACCACCAUCACCACAACAACCUGGACACCCUGCUGGAGGAGCUGCGCGAGAUCAAGGACAGCCAAGGGCACCUGGAGGACUCCAUGGAGGACCUGAAGACACAGCUUCAGAGGGACUACUCCUACAUGACCCAGUGCCUGCAGGAGGAGCGCUACAGGUACGAGCGAUUGGAGGAACAGCUGAACGACCUGACAGAGCUCCACCAGAACGAGAUGACCAACCUAAAGCAGGAGCUGGCCAGCAUGGAGGAGAAAGUGGCUUACCAGUCCUACGAGCGUGCCCGCGACAUCCAGGAGGCGGUAGAGUCCUGCCUGACCCGCAUCACAAAGCUGGAGCUCCAGCAGCAGCAGCAGCAGGUGGUUCAGCUAGAGGGGGUGGAGAACGCCAACGCGCGGGCGCUGCUGGGCAAGUUCAUCAACGUCAUCCUGGCGCUCAUGGCCGUGCUGCUGGUCUUCGUCUCCACGCUGGCCAACUUCAUCACACCGCUCAUGAAGACGCGGAUGCGGAUCUUCGCCUCCGUUUUCCUCGCCCUCUUCCUCAUCUUCCUGUGGAAGCACUGGGAUAGCGUGGUGUACGUCUUCGAACCCUGGCUGCUACCCAGCUGAGCGCCCACCGGAACGGGUCACGUCACUGCUGCUCCGUGACAGAGGUUAUUCCUUUAUAAUUUGCGCCCGCGAGCGCAUUGGCAUUCCUGAGUUCUCUGGUGUGGUUUUUUUUCAGUUGUUGUUUUGGAGGGGGGUAGGGUUUGUCCACUGUUAAGCCACAGUUUUGUUUUCCUUUUUUUUGUUUGUUUCUUUUCUUGGUCCCAUUUCAGCUGUCUGAAAGAGAGGCAGGAAUAAAUAAAUACUCCCCUUCAGAGGACGGGACUGGAAAACGAGAGUCAGGCUUGAAACGGCUAGCUGGACGACCUCCCUCUGCCAUGUCACACUGUCACACCACAAACAAACACUGGAAAGCAACGUUUAGAACGACAGGUGCUGUUUUUAGUUUUUUUGUUUUCUUACAAAUUUUUUAACAACUACUUGCGUUUCAUAUUUCGGGCUCCAGUUUUGCGAGGCCUGUGCACAUGGGAAGAGAACAGGGGAGCAGAAAAGGACGUUGCGAUGGAGUGAAGGAGGGGAUCGAACAGGGGAUCAGAGCUUGGAGAUCCUUGAGAACUGAGGUGCUGCCAACACCACUCAGCAAAAAGAAUUCAGCAGCCAGCUAAAUAUUGGGAGCCACUUCAGUAACUCUAAUGAGCACAGAAGUGACACCUGCUAAACUUGUAUAUCUUAUGAAAAAAAAAAAAAAAAAAAACACAUAAAGCCUACUAGUGCAUUUUUAAACUUUUGAAGAUUCAGUUCUAGGCCAUGUGUCGAUUUCGGACUAUUGAGGUCGUGGUGGGACACUAGCCAUGAGGGUGGGCUACUUAAAAUCAGUGGUCACUCCAAACUGUAGCCCAGCCUGGACACAGACUGUCUUACUGCAAUGGCAAGUAGCAUAAUCACAGUGUCCGGUGUGUAAUGUACAGUACAUUAUUUGUUUGAUUUUUUUUUUUUUAAAGCGUGUCUUGACCUCUUUUUAUUCCUCCUCACUAUGAAUUCACACAUUUUUUUGUUGCAGUUGUUAUUCAAUUUUAAAUUAUUUAUUUAUUUAUUCAUUCAUUAUCUUUUUUUCCGUGUAUGUGUAAAGAAGGUAGAGUUACAGCCAACACGUACAUUCAUGAAAUGCUUUUGUUUAUUUUUUUAGUUUUCUUCUAAAAGGAUAAGUGCAAAUUGGUUAUUUGUGUGUGUGUGUGUGUGUUCUGUGUUCCAGGGCAGUGACGCAGCUCCCAGCUUCUACAGCUCCACUGCAGGCUAAGGGAUGUCUGCUCUCUAAGAGAGCUGUCUGAAACUACGAAACUGUGAGGCCAGGAGUGACGUUUCCAAUAUAGUAACAUAUAGAUACUAUGAUUUACUACUGUUUAAUUUUCCCAGGCUGUUAUUAAACCAAGCAGCCUGUCUGUCUGUCUGUCUGAAUACUUGUGUCAGACUCAUUCAUGGUCACACACCCCCUUGUGGUAGUCCAUUAGUCUCAGUGAGGUUUAAAAGUGGCUGCCACGGUCCCUGGAAUAAGCUCUCUGUGCAUGGCAGUGUGUGUGUGUGUGUGUGUGUGUGUGUGUAUAUGUGCCUUCCCUGAGUCAUCUUAGAGUUAGAAAAGUGCUCGUGGAAACGCAUGGUCUCCGCUGCAAGAGCCAUCUAGAGGAACACUGGAAUUCAUCCGGAGGGCAGGCGCAGUGCCACUAAACUACCACAAGAGGGGGGUGUUCCAUGAAAUAUGAGCCCGACGUGGGCCGAGCGUGGACAAUGUGAAGGAAUCAAAGUACUGUAACUGCCUUGUGGGUCAGUCAACAGAGUAGCCUGGUAACCUGGCAUCACCAGUGUUCCACUCUUGUAUUUAAGUCAGCUCGUUUGUGCAAGGGUGGUUGGUUGUGUAAAUGUUUUAAGAAAUGUAUAUAUUAGUACAACAUGGCUGAAGAACCUUAUAUAUAGUUAAGACUGAGGUCUUUUUUUGGUCCAUGUUUUACAUGACAUGGAAGAUGGUGAUACAGUAUUCUGCAGUACAGCCUGACAAAGUAUCAUAUCUGUGGCGUGCUCAACACUCAUACCUCCAUGAGCCCCUUGACAAGUGUCCUGUAUGAAUUUGUCUUUUGAAAGUUAUAAACCCUUAACGCUAAGACGUAGGGGUUGUCUGGGCACUGGAAUCACCUUGGGCUACCAGGUAUAUAUCUUGGCUGACCACAAGAGGGCAGACCUGUCUGUCAAUCUGUUUGGUAUUUAAAGCAUUCUGUUUUGGAAAGGUAUUUUCUCCAAUGAAAAUACAAAUCAAACUAGCGAACAUAAGUGAAGAAAACAUGUGAAGCAACACACUCCUAACACAGCUGUUCUGCAGCCGUGUCUAGUUCUGCCUGGUUUCAUAAACUGCAAGGAAUCGCAAACCUGUCCAGAAUAUAAAGAGUAAAACGUUGUUUGAAAAUCACUGCAAUAAUACCCCUGUCAUUUUCACCCCUGUCAUUUUCACUUUGCCCCCCCCCCCCCCCCCCCCUGCAUUUCUCAGUGAAGAUCCUCCUGAAAAAUUGAAGUGACUCGAAACGACUAUUGAAACUUCAGAAACCCUGAAGGGCAGUAUUUGGACUGGGGGGGCAGACAGAAGUUAAAUGUCAAUUUGCAUUGUCAAGGGGUCUAAAGGGUUAAAUCUGUAAUAAACAAUGGUAUUGUUUGAAGCCAGCUGAAUGUAUUUUCAAUGAACUUAAAAGAAAAAGUCUGAAAGAAAUCUAAACUGAACUGAGUGAAGGAUGGUUGUGAGAGCUGUGUGAUGUUUUAUUUUGUGUAAAUAAAGAAGGGCAUGGUACUGUAUUGUAUGUAUUAUAAAACACUGCCCUCUGCUGGGUGUUCUGUUAAAUGCAUUCUGCUUUAAGACAAGUGAUGUGUGGUCUUACUGUGUUUGCGGUUUGAAGGAGAUGCGGUUCAAAAUGAAAGUGGCACUUUAUUCUUUAUCUCUUUCUUUUUUUAAUAAAAAAAAUCACUAUUUGACAGAAUAAAA